UAUAUUUAAAAAAAAUCUCACUUACAGGAGCCAUUACAGCAUUAUUAAUUAGCUGUUUUUUGCCAGCUGUGAACAAAAGCUGCGCCCAAUCUGAAUUCGGGUGAACCUCCACAGCAUCGCCGCCGGGGGGCGCUGUGGUACUUACGCCGCACCUGUACGAGAAAACAUAAAGGCAGCGUGGGCCGUGAGGGCUGAACCGGCGCGAGUUCUGAAACAGCAGCAUGACACAAAGCUUCAACCUCGGGUCGCGUAUCUGAGUCAGCAGGAGUUGAACCGCCGUGAAGAGUUUUUCCUCCUUUUUUUUGUUGCUGUACAACUCUGCUCACGUCGCAGGUAACUUUUGCCUCUGGGUUCCGAGCAGAUAGAGACAGCAACGCAUCUCCUAAAAGAACUCGCUGCGCUAUUAGCCAACGACGCCUGCUGGUAUGGACUUCCCCGGUCAUUUCCAGUAUAUUUUCCAGCAGCUCAACCAGCAGCGGCUGUGUGGUCAGCUGUGUGACUGCGUGGUGCUGGUCGGAACCCAGAGCUUCCGGGCUCACCGCUCCAUCCUGGCGGCAUGCAGCUCCCACUUCAGGGCUCUUCUGAGCUCCAGCAACACUCGUGUUAAGGUCGAUGGGCCCGGAAGUGACUCCGAUGGCCCCUGUGUGAUUGAGCUAGACCCAGAGGUGGUGACCCCAGAGGCCUUCUCCACCUUGCUGGACAUGAUCUACACCUCCACCCUCUCCCCGGGGACCUCCAAUGUGAUGGAUGUACUGUUGGCGGCGUCGCACCUGCAUCUCAACAACGUUGUCAAGAUCUACAAGCUCCACCUGUCCAGCAGGAACUUUCCCCCGUUACCCCCGAAAGGCUGGCGGUCAGUGCAACACGCCACUUCGGUCAUGGAGGAGUGCAGCGACGAGGAGGAAGCCGGGGUGGAGGUCAGUCAGUCUGGUGGGGUUGAAGACCAGGGGGCGAGCGGCCAGGUCGGUGGGGAGCGAGGUGCUGCACCGUUUGCGUACAAGAGGAAGUCUGAAGAGGACGGGCUCGGCCACAGAAAGAAGUCCCGCAGGCCGGCCGAGGGACACUAUAAGGAAUGUUUACUUACUGUAACUAGAAGCACCAGCACAGAGGAGGGUAGAGUGGCGCUGCUGUCCACGGACCCACUGAAGACCAUCAACAGACUCUGGGAGAGCCGAGGCAAGAAGAAGAAGAAGCCGCAGGGGGGGGAGUUCCAGCUGCCGAGGCCAUCGAACUUCACAAUGGGAGGUGUAGGUGUGUGGAAGGAUGGAGAUACAGAGGGAGACUCUGUUGUCAAAAUAAAGGUGGAAAAGGGAGAGCUGCCAAAGCUGAUUGAAGGGGGAAACGAAAACUCUGCAGGUCUAGCACAUAAUUCUCCUCCUCCUCCUCCACCAGAACACUCAAACGACAAUUUUGACUCUCCUCCAAGUGAGGAGAAAACGGCCCCAGUUCGUCCUUUACCAUCUCAGCUGUGCGUGGGUCUUCAAACUGAUUCGCAGAGAGAGGCUGGACCUUUGGGGGAGGGUUCUGUAGACGUGAAAAGUGAAGGCCUGUCAGAACUGGCCCUUCCCUGCUUCCUCAAUCUCCGCAGGGAAAGUGUAAUGGGAGCCUGGGAGGAAGGCGACAUACUGGCCAGCCUCACCCCUGCGGCCGUCGCUGCGGCCACGGCUAGUGAUGCUCCUGCAGGAGAUGCUGGUGAGCUGUGUCAAAACUCAGAAAUCUCUACUGCCCAGCCUUCUGAUUCCUCACUGGUUUUUCCAGUAAUCCCUGACCCCUUGCAGCAGCUUUUCCCAACUGCGGGCCCUGAUUUCAGUGACCCACCCGCCCUCCAGCCCACCCAGAACCCCUUAGCGGGGUUCCCGGUUAGCAGCAGAUCCCGUCGGAAAAAGUCCCUCAUCCAGCCCCCCGAGGACGGGAAAAGCUUCUGUCGCGUGUCCCCUGAAGCGCCUGGACACGAAGCGUCGCCGGAAGAUUCUUCAAAAGGUCCGUGUUGGACUGGAGCGUCUGAAGACAACGUGCAGCAGGUGAAAGGGGAGAGGAAGUACGCCUGCAAAAUCUGCUGUAAGACCUUUGUGAAAUUCAGACAGUGUAAGGAACACAUCCAUAGUCACACGAGUAAAACGCUGUCCAAAGUGUGACCAGCGCUGUGCCAGUGAGGUCCAAACAACACUAAUCUUGGAAAGAAUUUACUCCAAACUAGAUUCAUUACUCGACCUCCUUGAUUUAUUUUGGACUUGAUGUUACGUGACUUGAUUUCAAAAGUCGAUUUUUUUUUUUUUUUUUUACCCUGAAAUGCAACCAUUUUUUUUCCCAAACUGAUGUGAAUGUAAUUCAAAUAUCCUACUUGACCAAGAGUGACAUUGAGUGAUAAGAGAAUGAUUUA